AUGGGAAGGCUACUGGCAUGGGGCUUGUUUCAGGGUUUCCUGACAGAGCUGCAGACUAGUGCUGGACCCGCACGGCUCCCUGCUCUUCGUCCGAGGAGCGGGGAGCUGUUUCCCCUGCCAGUACUUCUACCAGAUGAGAAGGAGCUUCGCAAUGAUGAACUGCCCGCUGCCCAACAGUUUGAUCUGGGCGUGCGGUGCUGGGUGGCAGUAGGAUGCAGAGCAACCAACGCGUUGUAUCAGACUGCACAGUCUGGACUGAGUCGCAAGCCGGGAAAAGUGCAUGUGCGGGCGCUGGAGGACAUGACCAAUAAGGUCAAGAGGUUUUUGGAGGGGGCAGGUCCGAUGGAUGGAACCUUUAAUGAGGCUGUUGCUGAACUAAAGACAAAGCGAAUUAGCUAUACGGGAGAAGAAAUUGCUCAACCUUGCCCCCUCAGUGUGAGUCAGAUUAUUAAAGGACUUCCCCCAGUCGGUCAUGGUGGUAGCAUUCCUAUUUUGCCGUUUGUUAAGGGUUACACAAGGUGGCUUUUGGAAAACCCCAUGGAAGCUAUGUUACCGGAGUCUGAAAGAGGUGGUUCACCGGUUAGUGCCAAGGUCCACAUCAAGAAAGGGGAGGAGUUGGAUGUGUUUCGUUUGUUAACUGAAAGGGGUAUCACUACAUGGGUGGUCGAGAAGUCAAGUUCCUCCCGGAGCUGGUGGCAAGUCUAUUUGGACAAUUUCUUGUCGGGUGAGCGACAUGACGGAGAUGGCGGAAGUGUUGGAGCUGGCCUGCAGGGCCGCGCUCUUGGCGCUUGGGAAGCAGUGGGAGUUCUGUCUGCCGAAGAUAAGCAGGUCCUGAACUCCAGAGCUGUGGUGGAACUUGGGGUCAGGUUUGACGGUGAGAGAGGGCUGCUGGGCGCAUCGGCGAGCCGUUUGCUCAAGACGAUCUGGGUAUCGUUGUAUCUCUUGAGGAAUGGGCGCUGGAGCCAGAAAGAAGCCCAAGUAGUACUUGGCAGAUGGGUGUUUAUUUUACAAUUCAGGAGAGCAGCCAUGAGCGUCCUGGCGAAGAGCUGGAGGGCAGUGGAGAGCCCCUGGCCAAAACCAAGCGAGCGCAAUACCCUCCUCCAAGAGGUGAUGAAGUUGAUCUGUAUGGGGCCCCUCCUGCAGUCGGAUCUGACGGCGUCGUUUGAGCCUCAUGUCACGUGCUCUGACGCCUCAGAGACCGGAGGGGCAUCAGCUGUGAGCUCUGACCUUACCUGGUCGGGGAGGUCGCUGGCCUCAGCCCGCUGCGACUUGCGACUCCGACCUUUGGAGGUGCCGAUCGUGGUCCUGUCUAUCUUCAACGGGAUAGGCGGAGCAUUCCGCUUGUAUGACGUGCUUGGAUUGGUUCCUAUGGGACGGAUUGCAGUGGAGCUGUAUAAACCAGCCAACAGAACAACGCGAACUGCCUGGCCCAAUGUGAUGGAGUUUCACGAUGUGUGUGAGCUGACAUAUCAAGACGUUCAAAAAUGGGCGGCACUAUUCCCGAGGGCGCUGGAGCUGCAUGCGUACGCUGGCUUCCCGUGCGUACAUCUGUCGGCAGUCAGGGCGUUUCGCCAAAACCUGGAUGGGGAAGGAUCAAACCUUUUCUGGCGCUUGUUGGAAAUACUUGGCUGGGUUACUGAAGUAUUUAGCCCCUUCUGCAAGGUCAAAUGGUGUGUGGAGAAUGUGGCAUCAAUGGAUGAGUCGGCGCGGAAAGCUAUUUCAGCCGAGCUGGAGGUUAUGCCCAUCAAGUUGGAUCCCUCGGACUGCAUGCCAUUCAACAGACCCAGGUUUGCGUGGAGCUCGGUCGAACUACACCAGAUGGAAGGGGUCUCGCUGUACACAGAAUGUGAGUACGUGCGAGCUUACCUAUCGACAGGUGUUGAGGUGAGUACACAGCAAUGGAUCAGGCCGGGCUGGAAAUGGCAUGGGGAGCAGAGCGGCACGAAAUUUGCCACCUUCAUGAAGUCAAUUAAGAGAAAGAAGCCGCCCCCUGUGCCAGUGGGCUAUGACAAGGCUACGCCAGAGAUGAUCGAGAUGUGGCAAGGUGACUCCUUCAGGUUUCCGCCCUACCAAUACCAUCCUAAGUUCUGGCUGGAGCGGCAUGGUUUCCCUCCGCGCCUUUUGGAUGCUAGCGAGCGUGAGCUCCUGAUGGGCUUUGGAGCAGGUCACACAGACACCUGUCAGAGUGCGAGCGUCAAGAAGCGGAGCCUCGCAGAUCAUGAAGAUAUUCGGAAGUCUCUCUGCGGGGACAGCUUUGCGAUUUUGCCUUUUGCGGUAAUCGCUGCUUCCCUCUGUGAGGAUCUGGUGCCACGUAUGACGCCACAACAAAUACUACUUCGGCUUGGACUGGCCCCAGGACAAUCUGCGCACCCGUCAGUGCAAGUGCCCAUUACGCGACUGCUGGCCUAUGGAGGUGAUACGUCGAAGCCGUGCUCACCACUCGAGCUGACCAAGCAACUUGGCUUAUCAGUUAAUCAUACUGGGGCGGACGUCCGGGUUGUCACGGGACAGGUUCUGGGGCAUAAGUCACCAACCCAUGCGUCAGUUAGGGCAUGGUGGUGGCAGUGGAAACAGUUGUUCACUGUCCGUUGGAAGGGUCAUAACCACAUCAAUUAUUUGGAGAUGAAAAUGAUCCUUCACAGUUUGUUGUGGCGAUGUCGGGACCCCAAAAGUGUUAAUAAAAGGUGGGUUCAUCUCGAAGACAGCAUGGUCUGCUUGCUGAUUCUAACCAAAGGUACGACGUCAAGCAGGUUGCUGCAGCCGUUGACCAGCAAAAUAGGGGCGCUCCAGUUGGCGAUGGGCGCUGUUUUGCUCCAUGCCCACGUGGGUUCGGAUGAGAACCCCACUGAUGCUGGAAGCCGCAGUUAG